ACUCGUCGGCUGUCCAGUGUCCGCCUGGAGCCUCCCACAGUUCCAGUGUCCAGUCUCCGCACGGAGCCUUCCGAGACUGGAGUGACCCAUCUGCUCCCGCAGCCUCCCAGGACUCCUCGGGGGUCCAGUCUCCACCCACGGCCUGUCAAGACUCCUCGGGGGUCCAGUCUCCAGCCAGAGCCUCCCAUAAUUCUGGUGUCCAGUCUACACCUGGAGCCUCCCACAACUCGUCGCGUGUCCAGUCUCCACCUAGAGCCUCCCACAGUUCCGGUGUCCAGUGUCCACCCACAGCCUCCGAAGACUCGUCAGGUGUCCAGUCUCCACCCGCAGCCUCCCAAGACUCCUCGGAUGUCCAGUCUCCACACGCAGCCUCCCAAGACUCGUCAGGUGUCCAGUCUCCGCCCGGAGCCUCCCACAGUUCCGGGGUCCAGACUCCACUCGCAGCCUCCCAAGACUCAUCGGGUGUCCAGUCUCCAGCCAGAGCCUCCCACAAUCCCGGUGUCCUGUCUCCUCCCGGAGCACCCCACAGUUCCGGUGUCCAGUAUACGCCCAGAGACUCCCACAUUUCCAGUGUCCAGUCUCCACCCGCAGCCUCCCAAGACUCGUCACGUGUCCAGUCUAUGCCCAGAGCCUCCCACAGUUCCGGUGUCCAGUCUCCCCCCAGAGCCUCCCACAGUUCCAGUGUCCAGUCUCCGCCCGCAGCCUCCCAAGACACCGCGGAGGUCCACUCUCCACCCACAGCAUCCCAAGACUCGUCGGGUGUCUGGUCUCCACCCAGAGUCUCCCACAAUUCCAGUGUCCAGUCUCCGCCCAGAGCCUCCCACAGUUCCAGUGUCCAGUCUCCGCCCAGAGCCUCCCACAGUUCCAGUGUCCAGUCUCCACCCAGAGCCUCCCACAAUUCUGGUGUCCAAUCUCGCCCCAGAGCCUCCCACAGUUCCAGUGUCCAGUCUCUGCCCAGAGCCUCCCUCAAUUCUGGUGUCCAGUGUCCGCCUGUAGCGUCCCAAGACUCCUCGGAGGCCCAGUCUCCACCCGCAGCCUCCCAAGACUCGUCGGGUGUCCAGUCUCCAGCCAGAGCCUCCCACAAUUCCAGUGUCCAGUCUCCUCCCGGAGCGUCCCACAAUUCCGGUGUCCAGUCUCCACCCGCAGCCUCCCACAGUUCCGGUGUCCAGUCUCUGCCCGGAGACUCCCACAGUUCUGGUGUCCAGUCUCCGC